CCACUGCCCCACCGGCCCCCUCUGAGAUUCCUGGGGCGGCCGGCGCUCUCUGCUAAGCCCCUCCAUAACCAGCAGCCGAGGCCGCACCGCCACAGGCGGGCUGGCCGGACGCCAGCACGGUGUGAAAAUCACAAAUGUCGUCAGAUGACAGAAGAUCCAAGUCUCGGGACAGGUCCUAUGAUCAGGUCCCAGUGGAUUUGUCCUCUCAAGAUGGCACCAUAAGAACCCUCCAGACUCUUCAUGACAGCGAGCUGGCCGUGAGCGCUGAUCCUUUGCCUCCACCCCCUCUCCCAUUACAGCCACCAUUAGGUCCAGACUUCUACUCAAGUGACACAGAGGAACCAGCUGUAGCCCCAGAUCUCAAGCCCAUAAGGCGCUUUGUCCCUGACUCCUGGAAGAACUUCUUCAAAGGGAAGAAAAAGGACCCAGAAUGGGAUAAGCCAACAUCUGACAUCAGAUACAUCUCUGAUGGAGUGGAGUGUUCACCUCCAGCAUCUCCAACAAGACCAAACCGCCAUUCACCCCCUAACUUCUGCAAAGAUCCUCACGGAGAGUCAGAAGGAACCUUCAGUUCCCGGGAAGAGGCUGAUGCAAUGUUUCCCCACGAUCCCUAUGGAUCUCUAGGCCGACACACACAAACAGCUCGAACGUACAGUGAGAAGGUGGAAGAGUAUAACCUGAGGUAUUCCUACAUGAAGUCGUGGGCAGGCCUGCUGAGAAUUCUGGGAGUUGUGGAGCUGCUUCUGGGUGCCGGUGUCUUUGCUUGUGUCACAGCUUACAUUCACAAGGAUAACGAGUGGUAUAACUUGUUUGGAUAUUCACCAUCCUUUGGUGUCGGAGGCGUUGGUAGCCUGGGCAGUAUGUACGGGGGUUAUUACUACAGUGGCCCUAAGACCCCUUUUAUACUCGUGGUUGCUGGUUUAGCUUGGAUAGCCACCAUUAUUAUUCUGGUUCUUGGCAUGUCCAUGUAUUACCGGACCAUUCUUUUGGACUCUAAUUGGUGGCCCCUGACUGAAUUUGGAAUUAAUGUUGCCUUGUUUAUCUUGUAUAUGGCUGCAGCCAUAGUCUAUGUGAAUGAUACCAACCGAGGUGGACUCUGCUACUAUCCAUUAUUUAAUACGCCAAUAAACGCAGCAUUCUGUCGAGUAGAAGGAGGACAGAUUGCAGCGAUGAUCUUCCUGUUUGUCACCAUGAUCGUGUAUCUCGUUAGUGCUUUGGUCUGUCUGAAGUUAUGGAGGCAUGAGGCAGCUCGGAGACAUAGGGAAUACAUGGAACAACAGGAGAUAAGUGAGCCAUCAUUACCAUCGAAAAGGAAAGUGUGUGAAAUGGCUACCAGCUGUGACAGACAAAGAGCCCCAGAAGUUAAUUUCAAAGAAUUGAGAGCAACAAAUAUGAAGCCUGAACUACUGAGUGGCCACAUCCCCUCAGGCCACAUCCCGAAGCCCAUUGUGAUGCCUGACUAUGUGGCAAAAUACCCUGUGAUUCAGACGGAUGAUGAACGAGAACGCUAUAAAGCUGUGUUCCAAGACCAGUUUUCAGAGUACAAAGAGCUCUCUGCAGAAGUCCAGGCCGUCCUGAGGAAGCUCGAUGAGCUGGAUGCAGUGAUGAGCAGGUUGCCACAUCGUUCAGAAAAUCGACAGGAACAUGAGAGAAUUUCAAGAGUCCAUGAAGAGUUUAAGAAAAAAAAGAAUGAUCCUACAUUUCUGGAAAAAAAAGAACGCUGUGAUUACCUAAAGAAUAAACUUUCUCACAUAAAGCAAAGAAUUCAAGAAUAUGAUAAAGUAAUGAAUUGGGAUGUACAAGGCUAUUCUUAAACCUCAUUUGAGACCACCUUUUUUAUGGUAAAUUUAAUAUUUAUUUACUGCCUUUUUU